CGCACGCUCUCGUCGCUCCAUCUAACCUCAGAGGGAACCACGUCAGAAUCCUUUGUCCCCGAAAGGCGCCGUGUUGCCCAUUGGCUGUGUUGCACCCCCGCCCCCAAAGCCCGCUCCUGCGCGUGCACAGCGCUCGGGCUCCCGGGGCGACGCCGAGCGGAAGUGCCCUGCUGACCCCGAGGGCGGUGCGAGUUGACGCUUCCGGUUGUUAUCUGCCCUGAGACUUCAGUAAAUGAUAUUGUGAAAAAUGAAAAAAAUGCAAGUAAAUAAAAGAGGAAAGGUGGAGUUACCACUGGAAGAUCUCCAUCCUUUGUCAGGGCGGAGCCACAUGGCCGUGUCCCAGGAAACGUUGACCUUCAGGGAUGUGUUUGUGGACUUCACCCUGGAGGAGUGGCAGCAGCUGGACGCCACUCAGAAGAACCUCUGCAAGGAUGUCAUGCUGGAGAACUACAGCCACCUUGUCUCCGUGGGAUUCCUCGUGGCCCAACCAGGUAGGACCUUCAGGUUGGGACAAGGAGAAGAGGAGGCCAGGAUGGCAGCUGGAGAAAGCCCAACACGGAGGUGUCCAGAUCUCCAUCCUUUGUCAGGGCAGAGCCAGAUGGCCAUGUCCCAGGAAACGUUGACCUUCAGGGAUGUGUUUGUGGACUUCACCCUGGAGGAGUGGCAGCAGCUGGACGCCACUCAGAAGAACCUCUGCAAGGAUGUCAUGCUGGAGAACUACAGCCACCUUGUCUCCGUGGGAUUCCUCGUGGCCCAACCAGGUAGGACCUUCAGGUUGGGACAAGGAGAAGAGGAGGCCAGGAUGGCAGCUGGAGAAAGCCCAACACGGAGGUGUCUAGGGGGCUCGAGUUCGAUCCCUGGUCAGAGAACUAAGAUCCUGCAAGCCAGCUGGUACGGCGAAAAAUAAAAAAAAAAAAGGCAAGAUUCAAAGAGAGAAGUCUGAGGGCAAAUGCUUCAUUAAAAAGUGAGGGUCCCUUGCUGAGUUCCCAGACCUGAGCCAAAUUUUAGAUCUGGAACCAAUUGUCUAGAGAGGUGCCCAUGUCCCUUAUAGGAAGAACCCUACAACAUUGUAGCAAACAUAAAAUACUUACCUUAGUCCCUUUCCGAGGGAACCUAUGGCCAUUUAUCUGGGUGACUAUGGUCAUUGGGGAAAAGGGAAUAUUUUUAGGACUAUUGGACACAGCUUUCUGAGUUGACAUUAAUACCCAGAUAUGCAAAGCAUCACCAUGGCCCUCCUGUUAAGAGUGGGGGCUUACUGGGUACAGGUGUUACACUGAGUCCUCGCUUAAACCUGAUUCACAGUGGCCCACUGCACAUGCAGACCCAUCCAGUGGUGAUUUCCUCAGUCUUCUAGUGUAUAAUUGGAAUUCAUAUACUUAUCAGUUGGACCAUUUACUACCUCUCUCCUCACCUGUAAAGUUUGUUAGCUGAUAAUUUAUGUAACAGUAUUCAGUGGUUACAGUGUAAAGAACUAUGGAGAUAACUUAUUUUUACCCAAAAAAAUCACAUACAGAUAUUACAAUCACAGGAUACCCAUUUUUAAGAUGCAAAACAUAUACUCAAAACCAUACACUCAGACAACCACAUGGAAAAGGAAUAGGGAAUAUAUAGACAUAUGUGAAAAUGGGGUCAUUUUAAGAAGAGAAUUGUGUCACAUAUUAAAGACAAAGCUGAAUGGGAAAAUGGAUUGGAAGACAGAAUCUACUAUGCACAAGAUCAUUUUAUGGGUAGUUUCUGCAGACGACAUUUAAAAAAUUAAAAACUCAAUAAUCCUACCACCCAAACGAUAAUCUGGAUAAUCUGCUUAAUAAUUUGUUGUAUUUCCUUCCGAGCUUUUUGUUCUGUGUCUACCUAUACACACACACCUACAACAGAUACAAAUAUAAAACAAAUAUAUUUGUAUACAUAUAUAUGUGCAAAUAAUUUUACUCAGCAUAAAACUGCUACUUUUCUGCCAUCCAGAGUCACUGAUAUAAUGGUGCAUUAUCCAUCCUUGAUGUAUUUUUUUAUAAUGUA